CAAAAGGGUUGCCCAUUUCGAUGCCUUCUUCUUCUUGCCUCAAGCGGGAGCCACGACUUUUUGACGCGUGGCCCUGCUGCUGCGGGCCGCGCGCCCCGCCGCACCCGCGCGCCGGCAUGACCGCCUCUGGGGGCGCUGGGCCGCAGGUCCACGAGGCGCUGGGCAGCGACGAGCUCGGGGCCCUCGACGGACUCAUGCCGGAGGUUCGAGAGCAUCGCGCCCGAGGUCCCGCAGACGUGGAAGUGCGCCGGCGAGGGCGAGGUGAGCGUUGUGGCUGUCUGCGGCAACUGGUACGACCUGCCGCACAAAGCGGAGGUGCUGGCGGCGGCCGCCGCCGCCUGGCCAGACGCCGACGUCCUGCUCUGCGGGGGGCGCGCGGAGCGCCUGACGCCGGCGGCCGCGGUGGACGUCGGCGGGGAGCCCAUCCUGCUGCAGCGGGUGCUCUGGGAGCUCGCGGGCGGGCAGCGCGCGCGCCCAGACCUCGGACCUCCCACGCACCCUCAGGGGCGCAGGGAGGCCGUGCGCGCACACGAGUGGGGGCGGGGAGCACGCGGCAUGCCCGGAGCGCCACGGGGUGCACCCGAGGCGAGUCGCCGUGUACACGGGCAGCAGGGUCACGAACCACAACCUGCGCGCGAUGGUCCACUACGCGAAGCAGGUCCACGAGUUCACCGGGUCCGCUGUGCACUUCCGCCUGGUGGAGGAGGGCUUCCUCGUGCGGCGGGCGGCGGCCGCACUCGCGAAGGAGCUGAGGGACCCCGAGGCCUCGCGCGCCGUGGCCCGCGUGAGCUUCGUGCCCGUGGGCCCGCGCGGCUUCGGGGAGCUGUGCGCGCUGCACCGCGGCAGCACGGGGGUGGCGCUGGCGCUGGUGCUCGGCGAGUGGGAGCGGCUGCGGCAGUACGCCUCUCCCGGCGCCCAGACGACGGCCGUGCACGGCUCCGUGCAGCGGGGCGCCGUCUUGGAGGCCGGCGCCGCGGACGCCCUGGACCCAUCGCGGCCGUGGCCGCCGCGAUCGCCGAGUUGCGGGAGGGGCGGUCGGAGCUGCUGGGCGCCGGCCGCGCGCGGCUGGACCGCGCGCCGCUGGAGUGUGCGCCUGUCGGGGCGGCCCCCUCGGAGCAGGGAGGGUGAGGUGGGUAAUCCGGUGGCCCCGACCUCAGGCGACCCUGGCCUCCGGAGCGGCAGGAAGCACAAAAGCAUGCGUUCGCGUCCUCGAAGGUCGUCUUCCUGUUCCUUCUCAGCAUGCUCUCCUCCUGCAUCUUCCACUCGUUUUCUUGUCACUGAGUUGUACCAUCUGCUGUCGCACGCCAACGUGCCGCCGGAGAUGCUGCUCACACCGAAGCGCCAGGUGCCGUUAAGAUCUGUUUGGCGCAGUCCAGUUCCUUGUCACCCAGAGCGCGUCUCCAGUGAGUUGUUGUGUUCGUGAGGCGGCGACGAGUCUUCCUCCACACCUCGAACGUUUCUCGUCCCGCCGUUCUUGAAGCAGACAGUCUUCCUCUACAAAGACGGAUGCAAUCAACAUCAACGUGUCCAGUCACUUUUGAUCGCGAUCGUGGUGCCACGCCGCAUGCGGAGGAAAAAGUAGUUGCGGUGCAGGCAGGUGCGCAGACGGGGCUCUGGAAUCUGCGCAUCAGCCUUCUGAGCACGAGUGUGAGGUGGUCGUGCUCUUGGGUAUCUGCCUGCCGUCCUCUGGAGCUGACGUCGGCCGUCUCCUGCUCUCCCGUGACUGUUUCCGUAGCGCGAAUGGUGUGAAGCCUUGAAGCAUCCAGUGGGGGGUUUGCUCAGGAAUGCACCCAGGAGGCUUCAGACCCUGGAGGGUUUUUUAUUGGAGAGGCCUGACG